CUAACCAAUCAUAACUUCCACCAACAACGCAAAGCUUUCAUAUUUUCCAAAAGAAGAAUGAUCAGAAGCAAAUCCAUAGUCAUCAAUUCCAAUUCCAAGAACAAUGCUUCCACUGUGGCCGCAGCAGCGGUAGCAAUGAGACGUUCCGCCUCAAACGCUACCGCCGCGGUACACUCUAAUGAUCUUAACAAAAAACCGACGAGACCACGGUCAGUACAUUUUCCCGUAUCACCUCAACUGAAACAAGGCGAAGAGAUGGUCCAUUUUGGACAUCCUCAACACGUUCUUGUCAAAGUUGACUUGCCGGAUAUGUACAACUGUGCUGGGUGCAAAGAAGAAGGAGCAGGGAUUAGGUACGUGUGCCAAGAAUGCGAUUAUCAGCUCCAUGAGUUUUGUGCUUUGGCUCCUCCUAUACUCAAGUCACACCCUUUUCAUUACCAGCAUCAACUUCUCUUCUUUGCCAAACCUGCAAAAGGAGGAAUAAUGAAAUCGAAAUGCGACGUGUGUGGAAGAUCACCAAAAGGUUACAACUUUAGAUGCAAAGCUUGCAGUUUCCAGAUGCAUCCUGGCUGCGCCAUGUUAUCUCCUUCCCUCUCCUCUUCCUCUCUCCACCACCACCCUCUCCAACUCCUCCCCUCCUCCUCCUCCGCCAACAAUACCGGCGGAGACUAUUCCGGAGGAUUCCUCUGCGGACAGUGCAAGAGAGGCAAGCGAGUCGGAAGAGUUUACCGUUGCACUGUCUGCGAUUACCACUUGCACGCCGUUUGCGCCAAGGAUGCCGCCGUGAACGGCCUCCGGGCAAACGGACACAAAGGGAGGGAUAGGUCUCCGGCGGUUUUGGGAACGGCGGCGAGGGUGGCGUCGCAGGUUGUAAUUGAUUUUCUUGGUGGUAUAAUAGAUGGUCUCGGCGAAGGUGUUGGUGAAGCUAUCUUGGACGGUGUUACUAGAGGCGGUGGCGGAGGAAAUGGAGGCGUUACUAGGGUAAUUCCACGUGUCAGAGGAGGGUAAGUAUUGAAUUUGGGGAUUGUUUGAAUAACUAAUUAAUGAGUGGUUUAUGAUUGCAUUAGUAUGUGUUAAUGAUGCAUUUGAUAAGUACAUAGA